AUGAAAGGCUCGAACGAAUCUCGUUGUCACACCUGCCGCCGUCAACGGCUCCGCUGCGAUGCCUCUAAGCCUACAUGUAACAAAUGCGCCACUCGCGGCGUCGAGUGCUUGGGAUAUGGAGCGCAGCCUAUCCUUUGGGUCCAACCACAGACUCAGACGCCGGCAGAAUCGCGGGGCAAGGCUCCAGCAUACUAUAACGAGCCAAAAUACCGUGGUGAUGGCAGUAGUAGCAGCAGCUCGACAGAAGAUCACGCCAUUAGGGUGGCUACGGGCAAAAAACGAGGUCGUCCCCGACUGGUGCUGAUGGCCCAAGAAGCAGAUGAACAGUGCACAGACAGGCAAAUUCAGAUUAGGCGACAUCUGCCAAAGAGCAACGAGGCAACUGGGAGGAUAUGGACGCCCCAAACGCGGAAUUUGAACCCAGCAGGGUACGAUGCGGAUCGGCUGGCCAUCCAUUGUAUUAACUACUACAACUACUAUAUCUGCCCAGAUCUAGUGCUCCUUGACAACCCGGCCAACCGGCAUCGCCUGCCCGUCGAGUACUGGGCCUAUUUCCCUGAGAUGAUGCUGAACAUGAUCAUCGGUGCUGCCCUGACUACACAGGUCAUCCGGUCCAAAGCAGGCCAGGGUUUGCUGACUUAUAGAGACAAAAGAAAUGCUGACGAGGAGCUCAAGCGCCAUCACCUCGGCACUGUGAGCCAUCCUUCCAUGCCCACUAUCUAUAAGUGUCAGCGGAACACGCUCAAGUUUCUUAAUGCGGAGCUAAAGAGCCCGCAAGCAAGGUAUAGCGAUGCCGUGCUCACUCUGGUCAUCUCUUUAAUGAGAUGUGAGAUCCAACAGUCGGCAUUUGGGGCGUGGCCUGCCCACUUAGAGGCCGCACGUACGAUCAUUGCCCACCGAGGCGGGUUUACCGCGCUUGCAGACGCGGAGAGGGAUGACUUGCACUAUAUCCUGUCGGAUUUUAUGCUAGUCGAUGUAAUGAGCACCGCUAUGACUCCGACGGGCUUGUUGGAUGCCAAGACUGUCAACAAGCAGCUGGAAUACAUUCCAAAGCUGUCCACAUUUUACAAAGAUGGCCUGGAAUCUGGCUUCCCCUGCCCUAACGAGCUAGUCGAGUGUCUCAUCCGGAUCAACUACGCGCGGUCCCUUAACUCGGUCCCUCUUGGCGAUUCCAGCCAUGUCAAUGCACUUGCAGAGGAAUUGAUACAUAAGAUCGCGUCGUUCUGGCCGAAGGCCUGGGCAGAUAAGCAAUAUCGGGACAGCACCAAGCACCUACCAAUCUCGUCUCCGUCCCAGUGUUCAUCAGACAGCGAGACAAUAGUGAACGACGGAUAUAGCCCCUCAACAGACGUUGCCAAUGCUACUCUGACGUUGCCAGUAAUUACGUCUUCGUCCGCGGUAUCUGCAAGUCUUGCGAGCGACCUGAAAGGAAGUUGGGAGGAUCUGGCAAAGGCCUUCCAAGCAACUAUACUUCUCCACUGCCUGCAAACUUUGUUCCUCUUCCGCGAGACGCCGCCCAGAGUUCCAGGUAUAGUUCUCGGGCUCGAAAUGAGGGACGAAUUCGCCAUCACCAACGCUGUGAUGCUGCGCGACCACGCGCUGAAGAUGCUCCUCAGUGCGAUCCACCGACUGUGGGACGUUGAGCCUAAGGAUCCGGCCUCCUGGUGCGGCAAGUUCCUCAUGUGGCCCAUGUUUGUGGCGGGCAUGGAGCUCAACUCCAGUCCUGAGAUGACCGGGGAGCGGCUGUUCCUGUGCAAAUCUUUGAGCAAGUUGUGCGAUUAUCUCGGGGACCUGAGCCCCCUGGAUGCGGCCGCCAUGCUGGGGGCGACGUAUUGUCGGAGCCAGAAGGCAGCCGCUAUGGGAUGCAUAGAAUAUGGGCCGUGGGUCGAUAGGAUCAGCUGGGCGGGAGUGAAGGGGUUGUUUUUCAUUUGA